AUGGCAUCGAAAACCUGGCUUGUCACUGGUGCAUCUUCUGGCCUCGGAGCCGCAAUCGCAGAGGCAGCCCUUCAAGCUGGUCACUCAGUGAUCGCCACGGCCCGCAACCCCACCAAAGCAGCUGAAGCCAAUCCACAGAUUUCUAACCUCGGCGGCAUUUGGAUCGAGCUUGAUGUGACGAGCUCCGACACCUCCAAAGCAGUGGAAUGUGCAGUCAAUGAGGCCGGUGGUGUUAUUGAUGUGGUUGUCAACAAUGCCGGUUAUUCAUUGCUAGGCAGUAUCGAGGACAUGAGCGAGGCCGAAAUCGAGGCUCAGUUCAGCACAAAUGUCUACGGUCCCGUUCGUGUGUUGAAGGGUGCUCUUCCUUUUAUGCGGACGAGGAAGUCUGGCACUGUUGUCAAUAUUAGUAGCAGUGCUGGGGUUGAUGGACUGCCCGCAUGCGCGAUGUACGCCGGUACGAAGUUUGCUCUUGAAGGCAUGUCUGAAAGCCUCGCGAGAGAGCUAGCGCCAUUCAAUAUUCGAGUACUCCUCGUCGAGCCAGGAUCACUUCGGACCAACUUUUGGACCGCUUACGUCGAGCCUGCAGCCGGCGUAAAUAAAGGCUAUGCCGGGACCCCCUAG